AUGGCUACCGUGCCUCCUGCCAUCGCUCACAACAACAACCACGACGACGGUCUGGCCAAUACCCCUUCGGAACCUAGUGAGGCUCUCGAUCUCGAGCCGGACGAUCAUUCAUUUGCAACCGGUCCAGUCAACCACCAGCUCGACGGCGCACUGGAGGAAGAGGCUCUGCCCGCGCAGAGCCGUCGGGACCAUGUCGCCAUGGCUAACGGUCUUCAUGCCCGGCUCGCCGGUGCUCCCUUGACCCGCAAGAAGAUGGACGAGGAGGCCAUCGCAGGCACUGCAGUAGGAGCUGUCCUUGGUGUCGCUCUUCUGAUCUGUUGCCUCUAUCCUCUCAUCGUUCGCCAGCUCAAAAAGCAUAAGCGCCUCAACUUCGACUGCGAGGGGGGCAUCCGAGGCAUGCCCGCCCUCUCGGUGCGCCGUCUGUCCUCGAGCGAUUCUUACAAGCGCAGCUCGUUACCGCGCGAGUACGACACUCAUCCCUACGACUCGUACCGCUACACCGGCGUGCCUCAAGCGCCAACGCUUCACUACGUCAACGCCAACUUGGACCCGAACAUCCCCAUUGAUCCUGUCACCGACAACCAACACCAGCCCUACCAAAGUCCUUUUCCUUACUAUGAGGGCCACGUCGUGCAGGGCCCGUUGGCGCCUCACCAGUAUGUUCUCAAGGGUACGAACGAGGACUACUACAGCCCGUACAUCCCUUCAGAAGCGUUUGGUAUGUUCCCGGAUCCCGAACCUGUUGCGCCUCCGCCACAGCCCGCGGUUGCCGCGUCGCGAGGCAAUUCGCUACGGUACAAUAUGAAGCAGAUCUUUCGUCGCAAGACGGUUGGCGACCAGGCGACGGGCCCGCAACCUUUGCAAAUACCAGGCCAUCCGCUGUCAAAGGACAUGGCCCAAGUGGAACGCGGCUUACCGAUGGAGCAACUUGUUCAACAGCAACCUACCACCGAGUCCCCUGCCGAGAUGUCCAGUCGCGGGCUUCCACCGGACGAAUUCAUGCAGCAGAAUCGCUCGCAAGUUUACUCCUCGUCGCAACCAACUCAGUCUGUCAUGGGCACUGUGAACCCAAUGGAUAUCAUGGCGCCUUCAACAGAGUCAGAGAUGUGGCACCGCACCGACUAUCAGCUCUUCACGACACCUUACGACCCACAGCAGAUGAUCGCGACAUACCCAGUGCAAUUUCAAAGCCUACCGAGCGACUACACGCAGACGCAGAUGCCGUCAAAUCUUACGAUACCCCAGCCCCCCCAGCAUUUACCGCCUCCCCCACCACCGCAGUCGGCGCCGUCCGCUCCCCCGACACAGCAGCGGCUGUCUCAGAAGCAAAGCCGGACCGACAGCACUGCCUCGCAAAGCGACAGUGCAUCCCGUAUGGGCAUGACUCCCUUGUCACUCAAGGCUUCCAACACAGCGGCGCACUCUGAACUGUCGAGCUCCGCUCAAGGCACAGCCUCGACUACGACACAGAGCACUCCUUCCACCCACGUGGAUAGUCCCUCUCCCGAAUCGCUCAAUAGCUCCGACUACGGGCACCAAGGCGGCUCACCUCACGGCAAUGGCGUUCCAUCACCACGCGGCGGUGAUUUUGCGUGCGACGAGCCUGGCUGCAACCAAGUCUUCGAUCAGCCACACAAGCUGAAGCAUCAUCAAAGAUACCACAGCAAGGACCACAAGUGUCCGUAUCCGGCUUGUGGAAAGGGGUUCGGCACAAAGACCCAUCUGCAGCGGCACAUUAAUGAUCGCCACGAGAAGAAGAAGAAGUUCCAUUGCUCAAUACAGGGUUGCGAUUACUCGAGAGCUGGCGGUAAGGCAUUCCCCCGCAAGGACAAUUGGAAACGACACAUGACGAAGAUUCACGGCAUGGACCAUCGUGGAUUGCCCGAGCCCAUCGAGGUUGACUCGGAAAUGACGGGUGUGAAGCCCGAGAGCUGA